UGAAGUUGUUUGAGGGUGGUGAGUUGGACUGUAAAGUUAUGGAGAAAGCUGGUUGUCAAAACUAUUCCCACACCCCAUGGGAAUCAGAGAAAGGUGAUGUCUAUGAAAGGCAAACUUAUUACAAAUUUGACAAGUGUAUUUCCUGUUACAGAGGAGAGACAAGAAGUACUCAGCAAAGAAGUCCCCUUUCUGAUAGAAAUGGAUGGAUUAUUGAAGAGGUCAUGACUCUCCAUGGAGUUCCUCUUGGUGACUAUUUCAAUCUUCACAUAAGAUACCAAGUAGAGGAUUUGCCUUCAAAAUCAAAGCAAUGUCAGCUAAAAGUAUAUUUUGGAAUUGCCUGGCUCAAAAGCACUAGGAAUCAGAAAAAGAUUACAAAGAAUAUCAUUCAGAAUCUGAAUGAUCGCUUGAAAGUGAUUGUUAGUGAAGUUGAGAAGGAGUUUGCAAUGAAAUAGUCAAUGGAAGUGGUUCAAAUAGGAUCAUUAGCUUACUUGGUAUCCAGCUGACUCAGGUUUGAAUGUCCUGUAAUUGAGCAUCGGGAUCCAUCCAAGUAUGCCCUAAUAGCCUUGCAUACAGAAGCAGUGUGGCAACAUUAUUUUUUGGACAACCACUACUCCUUCAACACAGGUAAGUAGUCAAAAGUUGAUAACGCACUGAAGAGAAUUUUGAAACCAACUGCUCUUAGUUUCUUGUCAAAAUCAAAAUCCAAAGGAAGAGCUCAAUGGAAUCAUAAAGGGUGCUGAGUUUUCGAUGACAUGAACUCAUUGGAUGUUGUUAUUCACAGUAUGUGUCAGAUAUAACAUGUGACUUGAUUUUAAAACUGCACUAAUUCAAGUUCAUGGGGGAUGGAUGGCUUUGCUAAUUUCUGUGAUCACCAGACACAAGGCAGUCUGUGGACAGUGUAUCAUUACCCCAUUGUGAGAAAUUUCUCUCCUGUUGCUUGCAAAUUCAUGAAACACACAUAUUUAGGUGUAAUAUCCCUUCUAAGCACCAAUGAAACACAACAGUAGGUAGUAGUGCUUUCUGAUGAGUACUAGGCAUGAAGCUGUGGCUUUGGAUUAAUUAAAAGAUCUCUAGUGCCUCAACUCAAGGGAGGCCUUCU